AUGUGCAGCAACUCAGCUUCCAGCCAGGACGAUGAAAGACAGUGUAAGUUGCUAUCCUAUAUGUUUUACCAGGCAGUUAGAGACCACAAGCCCGUGUGGAUGCUAGAGGACAUGAGGACUAUGGAAUCGUUUUACUGGGAAGACAACACCAGCCUACGCACUUACUCGCCUUCAGAAGCCCUCCUAUACGCGGUGGUACACAAUCACCUCCCGUACGCCCAAUACCUGUUAACCCAUUACCCGGACGAGGCAUUGGAGGUACCUGGGGAUCGCUUCUGCUGUUGCCCUUCCUCUGCCCCUCACCUCGCCAUGGCGGUCAGGUAUGACCGCAAGGACAUCCUUGGCCUGAUCCUGAAGAUAACCCACCAACUUCCGGGCUUCAAGUCCUACAUCAACAGGAAAGGCUGCUUCCACAUAGAAGACGGCAAGACCCCUUUGCACUUAGCCUGUGAGCUGCUCAGGGCCGAAACUGUUCUCAUGUUGCUGGGCAGCGGCGCCUCACCCAAGAUCGUGGACAGCAAAGGGCUGACCCCUCUGGAUGUCAUCCUGGAGCAACUCCGGGUGUCAAAGAUCAACGUCGAGUCCAAGAAGCUGUGCAUCGACCAGCUGUUGCUGUUCAUGUCUAGUCUGCAGUUCAAAAUGAAGAGGGCUCUGGAAGACAAUCCGAAUGAAUGGAAUGGGCUUUUGGGAGAGGAGAAAUACAACUACCUCUGUGGGAAAACACCCGCCACUUUAUUCCUCAUCUCCAUGCAGGGCAUUUUAAAAUGCCUUCCACCGUCUCGAUUCCCAGCUAGUAUUAAGGAAUUGCCCAUACCCCAGUCCCUAAAGCCGUUGCCUUUAGGAAUAUCGACAUUCCGCUGUGUGGACGUCCUGUAG